UGCACGUGAUCAGACAUGAGGCUGUAUCCCUCUUUAAAUGUGUCAACAGAUGUCCUGGUGAAACCUCCUUCAUCUGGUUCAAGAAUGGAGAGGAAAUCAAAGAUGAAACAUCAUCUCUUUAUUCAUCAGAGCAGGUUCUUCAGACAGACAGUUAUUCCUGUGCUGUACGAGGACAUGAGAAGUUCCCGUCUCCUCCAGUGUCGGUUCAGGAUCUCUGGGAUGUGACGUACUCUUCUGUGUUGAUCUGUGCCCGUAAAGGAUCGACUGUGGAGAUGAGCUGCACCUUUCCAUACCCAGAGGGAAUAAACGAGGAAGUUAACACACUUCAGGAAACAUUUUGGUCUACUGAUUAUCCUGAAUAUAAAGUGGAUGUUAAAGAAGACUCCAAGUAUUCAGGCCGUGUGCAGAAUACCUGUGUGGGGAACAACUGUACUCUGAGAAUCACAGACGUGAGAGAGACAGACACGGCUGUAUACAGGUUCAUAUUGAAAACAAACAUCAGCAGAUAUUUAAGUAGAUCUGGGGUCAUCCUGACUGUCACAGAUCUCCAGGUGCACGUGAUCAGACUUGCGGCUCGACUCUUCUUUUUGUGUCUCAACGGAUGUUCUGAUGAAACCAUCUGGUUCAAGAAUGGAGAGGAAAUCAAAAAUGAAACAUCAUCUCUUUAUUCAUCAGAGCAGGUUCUUCAGACAGACAGUUAUUCCUGUGCUGUACGAGGACAUGAGAAGUUCCCGUCUCCUCCAGUGUAUGCUCCAAAGCCUCCUUCUGUGUCAGUGAGUUCCCACGAUGAGAUAGUGGAGGGCACUUCAGUCAAUCUGACCUGUAGCAGUGAUGCUAACCCAGCAGCUAAUUACACCUGGUACAAGGCGGAUGGACCUCUAAACCCUAAUCACACAUAUCCAGGAGCUACGCUUGUCUUCAGCUCCAUCGAGUCCUCUGACUUUGGGGAGUUUUACUGUGAAGCUGAGAACACGCUGGGGAGAACGACCUCCAAACGCAUCUCUGUCAACCUAACAUGGAACUCACUAAAAAUCAUCACCAGGUGGACUCUGCUGCUCCUCUUGUUGAGUCCUCUGAUUCCCCUGACUCUGUGGCUGAGGUGGAAGAAAACUGUGAACUCCACCACUGAACCAGACGAACCUGCAGAGAUGAUCGAGUUAAAUGUCGUGUAUGAGAACGUGUCGGCCGUCACUGCAGCACAGACAGAAGCUGGAGAAGGAGAUGAAUGACGAGACGAGACGAGAGGAGACGAGAGGAGACGAGAG